AUGGGCGCCGAGCCGGACCAGCCCCCCUCCCCGCCCCCGCCGGAGCGGACCGCGUCGCCGGAGCGCGACGCCCUCCGCAGCGACGACCGGGACUGGAAGGCGGAGAUGAUGUCGGCGCUGGGGGAGUCGGUCUCCUUCGGCCGGUUCCUCGCCGAGCCGCUCGAGUGGGGCCGGUGGUCGGCGUUCGAGCACAACCGCUACCUCGAGGAGGCCGCGGGGCAGUCCCGCCCCGGAUCCGUCGCGCAGAAGAAGGCCUUCUUCGAGGAGCACUACGCCAGGAAGCGGAAGAGCGCCGAUGUCGAGGACGAGGAGGGCGACGAGGGGCGCGAUGCUGAUGCGGACGGUGCGUACGGCGAGGCCUGGUCGGCGGGCUCCUCGUGCAUGACGGACGAGCCCGCGGGGGAGGAGACCGGCGGCGUAGAUUCGGGUGCUCCGGAUGAUUGCGGCGCCGUCGCCGAUGCCGCUGCGCCGCCGGUGGAAGCGCCUCAGGAGCUGGAGGCCGUUGCGGACGGCGCUGCUCCAUCUUGCCGCUUGGAUAGCACGGACGAGCAGCGUGGUGUGCAGGUUGCUGAAGCGAGAAAGGGGCUGCAGUUGGAUACUGAAUGUGCCCUGGCUGCUGUUGAUGCCGUUGAGAAGCAACCGUUGCAGGAGAGUUCGAUUGUCAACCAGGGUGUGGCAGAUUCUGUGGAGAAGAAGAGGCAUCCAAUGUCGUCGCUAUUUCAGAAGCCUGCAGAAUUCAGUUCUCCCCCAUCAGGAAAGAAAGUGCCGUCUUCAUCAGCCAAAAGGCGGUCCAUGCUUCGUCCUGCAAAGGAAAACAGCUCACCAUUUCCUGCUACUGACAGUAACAAGCAAGAAGAGACUUCAGUUGCUCAGAAAGGGUCGAUACUGGGUACACUGAACUUCAGGAGAUGUGAAAUAGGCGAUCCUGCCUCCAGAUCAAGAAAUCUUGGCUCCACGAUUGCUUCAAGGAUUAGUCAGCUAGAGUCUGCAAGUAGGCUGGUGAAAGAUAUUCAUCCUAAGGUGAACAAACAGAGGCGGACAAGCAAGGGGUUCUGCAAAGACAUUCCAGAAACAGCUUCCAUAACAACUCAGCAGCAUGAACAAAGGUCUCCAUAUGUCAGUGUGACAAGGGUCAAAGAAAAGUUUUUUGGUUCAACUGCGCCACCGAUGCAUCCGGAAACAAAUAUAGAUAAAGAAAAUAUGGGAAAAGCGAACGAUGAAGCUGGAUUGAAAGAAAUGCAUCAAAGCGUUCGUUUCAAGGCCAGGUCACUGCCAAAUUUUUAUUGGAGAAGUAAAGAAUCAAAGGAUUCAAGGCAGGGGGCACGAGAGACCCACCAAAAUCCGCCGAACAGCGAUCAUAGACUGAAUGAUGAUGCCAGUGACCCACACGGAAUGAGCAGAGGAGCCUCGAAGGACAAACAAAUAUGUUGCUUCCCACUUAUAAGGCGGUAG